UAUUUAUGUAUAUUUUUUUCAGUUUUCAACUUGGAUAUCAGGGGAACUAAUCACAAGUACCAUUUCCAGCUGGACUUUACUGCUCAUGAGUUAUGUUUCUUGCGUUUUGAAGAAAUCCAAGAUAAUGUGCAAGAGCGCUCAUGCCUUGCCUGUCUGGAUAGAAAUUUCUACCCCACAGUUGUAUAUUCACGACUGCUGAUGUUGCUAUAUUCAGACCAAGACAAUGGUGAGGAAGCAAGCUGCAUUAAAGUGCCAUUUAUACAAAGGGGUAAUAUACAUGCCAGUAAUACUCUGAGAAAAUUGUAUGAUGUCAUUUUCAGCAAUAUUGUUAGUACAGAGGAGUUGAAGCACUGGCAGGUGUAUGUUACGCGAUGUGGCGAUAUGCCCGAGGGGGAGAGGGUAUUUCUCUGCAUCACGAGGUAUGCCCUCAUCAUCGUUCUCAACUACCACAUCCUCCAUUACCACGCCUACUUCUCCAGUGAAAUCAGCGUUCGAUGUACUCCAGAAAGAAAUGAGAUAGAGUUUACUGUGCGUGAUAAAGCAUGGGUAUCCGACACUAAUGCACGAGAGAACUUCUCGUUCUUUAAGACAUACGUUUUUAAAACAACACAGUGCGAGAAUGUUGAGAAGAGUUUCAAGAAUCUGAUGCGUAAAUCGCUGUUGUACCCACAAGGGCCAAGCGCACAUUUUAAUAUACGUCACAGUGAAAUGAGUGCGUCUGCUGCACCAGGAACUACGUCAGACAAUGUAAUGAUUAUACCUCAUCGGACUUUCUGGCACGAUAAUAAUAAUUCUGGUUCUACGUCAGGUAGUAAUGGAUAUCUUCCAAGUGGUAAAAUGGAUAAUAUUGUGACAUCUCAUGAACCAGCACCUCAUUUUCCUGAUAGUGAGUUACAGGCACAUCGUACUGCCAGUAGUAAUGGCAGUAUUCCAGGUUUUGGGAAUUCUGCAGGCGUGUUUGUGUCACAUGCUGAGAUAAAUAGGGAAACCGUAAGACCUAAAGAUUUGACUUUGCAUACGAGGGGAGUGGCAGGGAAUGUUGCUGAAAGCAAAGUGAAUGAAGCAGUUUCUGUUUCAGAUAAUGCACAGGUUGAAGACAGUAAACCAUUAAAAACAAAUCCAGAUACUCCUAACCAGCAUACAUCAGUAAAGGAAAUUUGGGACUCGGAUCCUGGUCACUUACCGGUAAGUCCCCACGGGCAUGGGUAUUUGAAAAAGAUAACAGGUGGAGGUAGUUUGGACGAGCUUACACCAGAAGAGCUUGGUUUUGACAAUCUAAGUUAUUAUCCGGACCAUGAGGAAACUAUGCCAUCAUUUGCAACGACCGAUGAGGCUGAUAAUCUUCCCCCACCUCCGCCUUGCCCCUCAUUUUCUCUACCAUUUGUAGAAGUUCCGCACCGACCUGCACCAAAACCUCCUUUGGAGUCACUGACUGAAGAUGAAUUGAUUUUACCAGAACGGCAGCCCAACAGAGGACUGUUACGCUCGCAGAGCUUUCUGAAUUUGGAUGAAGAUCGGGUUCUUCACAUGUAUGCAAACAUUGCACAGGAAAUGAGUUCUAGAAACAGCAUACAUGAUGAUUUCCCAUACUACAGGUUUUAUUACAACAUAGGUCUGAUACGUGUUAUGUAUGCGAGAAUGAGCAAGAAGCUGAAACGACGGAAUCGCCUUAGCAAAGAGAUGAAACAGAUUGACUUCAACAAGCUAGAAGACCAUGAACAGUGGUACGAUAGAGACUUCAAGAUCAGGAGUAAGGACCUGAAAUUUUGCAAUUUAUACAAUAUACCACCUGAGACAAGUAAGACUCCCUAUGACUACACCAAGCUUGAUGGUGAUGAUGAUCCAUACUGGACACAAAAUGAUUUGUGUUUCACAAUACAACGAAUAUUGGAGGAAAGUCCAGACGUACAUCACCUGUUAAAGGAACUGCAGAUCGAAUUAGACAUCCCAGGAGAUCAACUAAUGCAGUUACAAGUUCUUCUCAGUCUGACACCUACAGAGAAUGACUGGAGAGUACUAGCUGAAUAUAUUGGUUUGAGUAGCAGUGAUAUUACCAUCAUAGAACAUUUUUGUUACACAUAUCGUUCACUAGCUGCAAAUGUUGUGUUAACACACUGGAUGUUGACGGAAAGGCACCAUAUGUUAGAACACGGUCAGUCUACAUCUAAUCCACCGUGCAACUGGGACAGUCUUGUGCAAUUUUUAGACGCUCAUGGCAGAGACGAUAUAACAGUUAUUCUUCGAAGUACACGUGAGAACGAACAUGUGGAAGAAAUUACUCAUUUCUGAGAAAGAGUGCUGAAGUGUAGAGAUAAAGUCAAAAUUUUCUUAUUGUUAUAGUCGGGUCUUGGGUGCAUUUAGAGGGGUUUCUUAAGUGUGUGUUACAUAACCUGUUUAAACAGGUUUGAGCCAAAAUUAUUGGUGCAGCGAUCAAAAUACAUGAUUGUGAUAUUUAGAAUUUUUAGUGCAGUAAAUUCUGUACCCGAUAAACCUCUGUUUACAUCUGCCUUGAUGUUGGGAGUUUAUUAUGAAGAAAUGAGUGCAAAGAAUUGUUUUACCUGUUGAAAGAACAAACUUGUGUAUACAACAUUUGUCAGAGCUUCCAAGUAGUGUAGUAUCAAUUGACUUGAGGGGUUUACAACUAUGCCUGUUUAUAUAGCAUUGAUAUUUUUGCUUGCCAUCUGAUAUUAAUUGCUCAAGAUUGCAUGUACAUGUAUAGCACAGACUGGAAUUUUUCUCAGUUGCUUUUGUAUACAUCCUUUUUAGCUCGACUAUUCAAAGAAUAGUCAAGCUAUUCUACUCACCCUGGCGUCGGCAUCAGCGUCACACCUUGGUUAAGUUUUUGCAUGCAAGUACAUACAGCUAUCAUUUAUAGGCAUAUAGCUUUGAAACUUAUUUUUUUCUUUUCCUAGGUUAAUAACCAACCUCAGUGGGUCAAGUCCCAUAACUCUGACAUGUAUUUUGGGUAAAUUAUGCCCCCUUUUGGACUUAGAAACUUCUGGUUAAGGUUUUACAUGCAAGUUACUAUCUCCAAAACUAAUGCAGAUAUUGAAACUUCACAUGUGUCUUCAGGGUUAUAAAACUAGUUGAUAGCAGCAAGUCACAUAACUCUGAUAUGCAUUUUGGUCAAAUUAUGUCCCCUUUUGAACUUGAAACUCUUUUGAUAUUUAACAUUUUGGGCAGUAUUUUGGCCAAAUUAUGCCCCCUUUUGGACUUAGAAAAUUCAGGUUAAAGUUUUGCGUGCUAGUUCAUGCAGCUAUUACUAAAAGGCAUAAUAAAUUAUAGAUUUGAAACUUAUUUUUUCUUUUUCUAGGUCAAUUACCAACCUCACUGGGUCAGGUCCCAUAACUCUGACAUGUUUUUUCGGCAAAUUAUGCCCCCUUUUGGACUUAGAAACUUCUGGUUAAGGUUUUACAUGCAGUUCCUAUCUCCAAAACUAAUGCAGAUAUUUAAUUGAAACUUCACAUGUCUUCGGGGUUAUAAAACUAGUUAAUAGCAGCAAGUCCCAUAACUCUGAUAUGCAUUUUGGUCAAAUUAUGUCCCCUUUUGAACUUGAAACUCUUUUGAUAUUUAACAUUUUGGGUAAUAUUUUCCUGCUUCUGGGAAAAUAUUUCAAAUAGUCGAGCUCGGCUGUCUUAAGGACAGCUCUUGUUAGUUCAACUAUUUGAAGAAUAAGUAGAGCUAUCCUACUCACCACGAUGUCGGUGUCGGCUUCAGCGUCACACCUUGGUUAAGUUUUUCGUACCAGUCCACUUUCUGACAAAGUCUUUUGAGAUAAAGCUUUGAAACUUUCAACACUUGUUUAUCAUCACCAUGUCCAGUUGUAGGCAAGAGUACAUAACUUAUCAAGGAUUUUGGCUGAAUUAUGGCCCCUUUUAACUUAGAAAUCUUGGUUAAGUUUUUCGUACUAGUCCACAUUUUGUGUAAAGUGUUUGACAUAUGGCUUUGAAACUUUUAUCACUUGUUUAUUAUAACAGUCUCUAUUUGUAGGCAAGAGCAAAUAACUCUAUUUUGACUGAAUUAUGGCUCUUUUUAGACUUGGAAAUCGGUACAAUUUGUGUACAAGUUCAUGUUUUGUCAAAGCUAUUUGACUUGUGGCUUUGAAAGUUUGAGCAAUUGUUCAUCAUGAUGAUUUAUAUCUUUAGGCAAGAGUACAUUACUCCUAUACUUCUAUCAAUGCUUUGAAUAGUCGAGCGUGCUGUCAACAGACAGCUCAUGUUUAGACAGCUGAUCAAAAAAACAUGCUUUAUGUCUAAGGUGGCCAUUUUUUUUCAGGAUUUUAAACACAAUAUUUAGUACGACAAUUCGAAGAAUAAGGAGGGCUAUUGUACUUCACAUUAGGUUUGCUUUAAAUGCUUUGAGGUUUAUUACAAGCUGGUGGUUAAAUGAAAAUGUUACGGCAAGCUGCUGAAUUUGUUGUAUCUUCUAAACUACUGCUCCAGUUUAACCAUUAGACCUCUUAUAAUUAAAGAGGGGCAGAAAUCCUUCGUUAUGGGUCAGGUACCCCGAAAGUUAAUGGCACGGAUUAAAGUUAGGUUAAUAGUGUUGGUUUAAGUUUUAUGUUGAGUCCAAAAAGUUUACUAUAUGAGCCGUGCCAUGAGAAAACCAACAUAGUGGGUAUGCGACCAGCAAGGAUCCAGACCAGCCUGCGCAUCCGCGCAGUCUGGUCAGGAUCCAUGCUGUUCGCUUUCAAAGCCUAUUACAAUUAGAGAACCCGUUAGCGAACAGCAUGGAUCCUGACCAGACUGCGCGGAUGCGCAGGCUGGUCUGGAUCCUUGCUGGUCGCAUACCCACUAUGUUGGUUUUCUCAUGGCGCGGCUCAUAUCCUCUCUACUGUCCCUUUUAUAGAAACUCAUUAGGACUGGUAUUAGUCAAAAGUUAAACCACCUUAUAUUUAGGGUCUCCAACAGUCAAGGAUACUAGGGAUGAGUUCCCCAUCCACCACUUAAUUAUACUUGACAUUCUCUUACCAUUUGUUAUGUUACUCCAUGUUAUUUCUUAGUAUACCUUUACACACAUGCCGUUUCAAAUCCACCCCAGCAGUGCACCAAUACUAAUGUUAUAUGGCACAAAACAGAA